CUGCUGAUGCUCUGCCCUCUCGAUGGCUAGUGGCGGUAACGACGACGCCGAUGACCGGUUUGGUUAGAUUAACCGCCGGGUAACUUUCGUAUUUUUCAAUUUUCUCCAGUCGCAAGUGUCACGCUGAUACGGUUAGUGCUGUGGUGUCCCGUUGCUUGUCCGCCGUCUGUUUUUUUUACGCGUCGUAUUUAUCGUUGUAAUAUUAUUUAAUAUUAAUUAUUAUUAAUUUCAUCGAUCAUCUUGAUUUUAUCCCUGCUGAUAAUAUCAUAACUACACUGAAGUGUGCAAUUUACGCAAUUUAUUCUGCAGGGGUGCUCCUCUUCUCUUUGCUGCAAGAUGCGGCGAUCUUUUCUUCACGUCGUCGUCUUGACGAUUACAGGGUUAGUAGGAUGUUGGGCAAUUUCAACUGAAACUCGAUGUAAAUUUCCUGGUGCACCAGCACACUCAACUGUAUCGUUUUCGAAUGAUACCUUAAGCAUUGGUACAAUAGCUACGUAUACUUGCGAAAGAGGAUUUGAACUCUUAGGACCAGCAAGGAGAGUAUGUGAAUCUACUGGCGAAUGGCUACCUGAAGGAAUACCAUUUUGCGUAUUAAAUGUGGCUGCAGGCAAAGCGCCUAUGCAAAUCAGUUCAGAACCCGGCGGCCUACCUCAAAAAGCCAUCGACGGUAGCACCAGUUCGUUUUUCAGCCCCGAAACAUGUACACUCACUAAACCGGAACGUACCCCAUGGUGGUAUGUUAAUCUGUUGGAACCAUACAUGGUUCAGUUAGUGAGACUGGAUUUCGGAAAAGCUUGUUGUGGUAAAAAUAAACCUGCUACGAUAGUCGUGCGAGUGGGAAACAACAGGCCUGACCUAGGCACUAAUCCUAUAUGCAACCGAUUCACUGGCUUUAUUGACGAAGGAAAACCGUUGUUCCUCCCGUGCAAUCCACCUAUGCCAGGAGCAUUCGUUAGUGUCCACAUGGAAACAGCUAGUGGAACCACUCAGUUAUCAAUAUGUGAAGCUUUUGUCUAUACCGAUCAAGCAUUACCAAUUGAAAGAUGUCCACAAUUCAGAGAUCAACCACCAGGAAGUACUGCUACUUAUAACGGAAAAUGUUAUAUAUUUUAUAACCGUCAGCCAAUGAAUUUAAGAGACGCGUUAAGUUUUUGUAGAUCAAGAGGUGGCACAUUGGUUGACGAAAGUAAUCCCGCGUUACAGGGAUUUGUCAGCUGGGAACUGUGGAGAAGACACAGGAGUGAUUCACAAAGUCAAUAUUGGAUGGGUGCUGUAAGAGACACACAUAACAAAAAUAAUUGGAAAUGGCUAAACGGUGAAGAUCAAACAGUAUCGUUUUGGAGUUUACCCUCAAGCGGUUCUGAAACAACAUCUAUCAAUGGAGGCGAUUGCGCACGAUUUGAUGGUUCCAAAGGAUGGUUAUGGUCAGAUACAAAUUGCAAUGUUCCACUAAAUUUCAUUUGUCAACACCAACCAACUGCUUGUGGUAGGCCAGAGCAACCCCCAAAUUCAACAAUGAUUGCUGAAAAUUUCAAUGUCGGCACUGCAGUCGAAUAUUCUUGUGAUGAGGGCCACCUGUUGAUCGGACCGUCUACUCGCACGUGUCUCGGAACAGGAUUUUAUAACGAAUUUCCACCUGUGUGUAAACGAAUUCAAUGUGGUUUUCCUGCAGACAUUUCAAACGGUAGUUAUAAGCUAAUCAAUGGUACCGUCAACUACUUAAGUCAAGUACAAUACACCUGCAAUGAGGGAUAUAAAAUAAUUGGCAGAGAUAGAUUAAUUUGUGAUUUAGAUGAAAGAUGGGAUGGACCCCCUCCAAAGUGUACAGUCCAAAAAUGUGAUGAUCCUCCAGUAAUUCCUAAUGGUGAAUACCAGAUGUCAAACAAUGAUAGUAUUGUUGGAACAUUAGUAGAGUAUACGUGUGUGUCUAAACGAUUCCGUUUGGUCGGACCUAAGCAAUUAGUAUGUUUACCAAGUGGUCAUUACGAUAAUAAGCCACCUUAUUGUAAAGAAGAAACCAAAACACCAAUUGUACCAGCCGUGUUAGUAACCAAGACUGUAUCGACUAGUACUGUUCCUAGUAGCCGUGCGCCAUCAACUCCUAAUCGUGAAAAACCACGGCCGUUCACAACCAAGCCCACUUUAUUAACGAAACCAGCUAACGACCAGGACGAUAGCGGCCAGACGUCAUCCAAUGUGGUAAUUGCCUCAGCGCAUCCGCAUGACAACGAGAUUCCAGAUAGUGUUCACGUCCGAACAAAUCCGAACGCGGCCAACAUACCGUCUCAGGUGGAAAGCGAACACCGGAUCGGCCCCAAACUAAAUUUGGGAGCAAUAAUCGCGUUGGGUGUGUUCGGAGCAUUCGUGUUCCUGGCAGCAGUGGUGACCACAAUCGUCAUACUAGUGAAAAGGAACCGCAGUGCCAAACAUUACCGGCACCGAGCGUCGCCGGAUACUAACACGGUCGCCUCGCUGGACUCGUCCGGUUCCGAGAGCCGGGGCGGUCUGAACCGGUACUACAGGCAGGCGUGGGAGAACCUGCACCAGUCAGCCGCGUCGCCCAAACACUCGCGGCCGCACCAUCACCACCAUCAUCAUCACGCGGGCGGCCGGCGCAAGGACACCGCGGCCGAGGGGUCGCCACGCGUCGAGAGCAUGCGCGACGGGUCCGAGCUGGUCGUCAACGACGUGUACCAUCCGCGGUCAACAGCCGGGCCGAUGGACCACAACAAGAAGUCGUCCAGGCAUCACCACCACCAUCACCAUCACCAGAGCAGGGCGGCCAACCGGUACUGAUUGAUGGUGCGCGCGGACUGCUAUAGUUAUUACGGAUGAGAUUUAGACGUCGCACGCGACUUGUACCGCAGUAUAACAAUAAUUAUUAUUUGCAGCAGCUGCUGACGUCGUCGCGCGGUCAUAAUAAUAAUAAUAAUAUUAUAUAAUUUAUAUACAAACACACACAUAUACAUAUAUAUAUAUAGUUAAACGUUAGUAAGUUGUUAGGUGUAAGCCUACUUUUAUUAUUAUAUACUAAUCACGACCGAAUCGCUCGUUGUUUCGAAAAUUAUUCAUUCUUUUGGAAAACUUAAAGUACUUGCAUGACCUAUACGCAAUUAGGCAUAUAAUGAUAUAUCAUAUGGGUAUUGUUUUUUUUCAAUCUUGUCGACUGAAAUAGAAUACACUUGUUGGAAAAAAAAUUAAUGUCCCUAUACCCCUCACCUAUCAUCUACAAAUAUCGAAUAUUGUGAGCAAAUUGUUUUGUAUCAAUAAACAUUUAAAGUUUAGAUGACGAGCGGAGUACAGGCAGCUGACCGCGAAAUGUUUCGCCGUGUACCCAUCGUAGCCUCUAAACUUUAAAUGCUUAUAAAUAAAUAAUAUUAAGUUUGCAAACGUUUUCAGUUUUCCGGAAUAAAUAUUUCAAAAAAUUUUCGUACUUUUCGUAAUAAUGAGUGUUUGCAGCUGUUAAAAAACCGCAAUGUAACGAGCACACUCGUUUCACUGCGAUUCAGCGUGUCACAUAAACAUUAACGGCUUCAAAUCCCUCAGUUUUAUGAAUACCAAAGACUUAAAUAGGUACUAUUUUUUUAUUUAAUACGAGACACCAUAAACAAUGAUAAAAUCGAUACGUCUUCCGAGGAAACUUGUUCCACGAAUUAUUUUUAUUUUCUAUUUAUUUUUUCAAAAUAUUACUUUUUGGGUGAUUGCUUUGAUAUUUGGUUGAACAUAUUUGUAUAAAAGAUAAACUAUGACAAAUAUCUUUUGUACAAUCAAUUAACAGUGAUUUUAAAUUAUCAUUGAAGUUGGUUUCAAAUAAAUUUAUUUUUGAUUUAAACAGAUAUCAAAGCAUUGGUGAUUGCUUUAUAAAUACAAAAACGUACUUCGAAUAAAAAAUCGUUAUAUACCAAUCCGACAUCCCGAAUUAAAUGAUUUAUUAUUAUUUUAUUUUUUUAACUAAUGGAAUUUCCACACAGCUAUAAAGUUCACACCUAUAUUUCAUUCACCUAAGUUCUAAUUGGUUUACAAAAACAACAGUUAAUUAAUUUACAUUUAAAAUCAUUAACUAUAAAAAAAUGCAAUUAUUAUAUUUAAGUUCUUUGGAUAA